CGUCAUCCUCCUCAACCAUCGGCUUCGUCCGGCACGACGACAGAUAUUACGCCUUGCCCUUCAAUGCACUGUGCAGCGGCGCGAGGCCCGCACAAUGUGGCUUUUGGAGAGUGAGGAUGCCUUUGAAGGUCGUCGCCUGUGGUUGAAGCCUGGCAAGACGUACCUAUUUGGAAGAACCGCCGCAGAACCCGGCCAGCUCGCCAUCUCUCAUAAUACCAUCUCACGAAAGCACUUGACCAUCACCGUCGACAACGUUCCUGACGGUCACGCCCACCACCUCACCAGCCGCUCCAAGCUCACGAUCGAGGACCUGAAGACAAAGAUAGGAACUACCGUCGACGGAACCAAGAUCAAAGGCAGCAAACAUGUCGUCGAGGGCAAGGAAGCCCAGUUCGUCAUGGGCAAAUGCCCGCAGGUGUUCCGUAUAACCUGGUUCCCCGUCAUUUUCACUUUUUCCUUCACAAAUAAAGAGCUCCAAACCCAACCUCUCACAUCCUUGCGCGACCAGUUUGAAGGCCUCGAUAUCAAACUCCUGACCGAGUACAAUGCGGAUCAUACAACGCACGUCGUCGCAAAGAAGCGUAAUACCGCCAAAGGCCUUCAGGCCCUCAUCAAUGGAAAGUACAUUGUCACGGAAUCGUUCCUCGAAGCCGUUAUGCAGGCCGCCGAACCGCCGCGAGGUGGUGAUGCCUCGGAGCCCAGCGCCCUGGAACAAGACUUCUCCCAGUAUUGGCCGGAUCCGAUGCAACAUCUUCCUCCUCGUGGCGGCGAGCCAGUUCAACACCCAGACACUAUAUAUUCGCCAGACAUGGGCCGAAAAGAUGUCUUCGAAGGCUACACCUUCAUAUUUUACGACAAAACACAAUAUAAUAACCUCCUCGCCCCUAUUACGAACGGGGGCGGCAAAGCCAUGUUCCACACCAUUAAUCCGGGUGAGGAGCUACCGGAUGACUUUGUACGAUAUGUGAAGAGCGUCGCCGGUGAAAAAGGCUUGGGCAGCUUUGAAGAUGGUAGCGAGGGAAAGGGAGUCGUUCUCGUUCGGUACCUGCCGGGCAAAGGCGACCUUGUCGACUGGUACACGCAGUUCAUCACCGACGUAUCGCUCAGCCUGGACCAUCGACCCAUUGAGCAAAACGAGUUCCUGGAGGCCAUCUUGGUCAAGGACGCAAGCCAGCUUCGGCGGCCGCUCGAAGUCGAAUCUUCAAUGCCCAACCAAAGUGGCAGGCCUACACAGCAUGAAGCUGCAGCUUCUGGGCAACCCUCUAGCGCGGCUGCACAUGCUGCCUCCAGCAAUGUCGAAUCACAACCUACAGAUGACCAGGUUGACCAACCGCCCCCUAGACGGGGACGAGCAAGAGGGCCCAUCAAACGACGCUUCGCGGGCUUCGACGAUGACGCAGAUAUGGAUGUGGAUGAGCCGUCAUCGGUCCGAUCCGCCGCGGAGCAACCACGCACGGGGACUGACGAAGGUGGCCUGUUCGUCUCGCAGGAAGCAUACGCCUCACAGUCGCAGCCGGACUCGGUCGCAAAUGCCUCACCACGAAAAAGGAGAGGGUCGCCUCUACCCGAAGACGACCUCAUGGACGGGAUGGCUCCAGCCGUUGCGAGGUUCAAGCGCCAGCGCCUCGAGCACGCCGAUGCAUUCGCGUCUGCUUCUCCGGAACCAAGCGCCGCGGCCGAUGCCGCCUCGGCGUCGUCUCGCGCCAAAAAGGCCAAGAAUCCCAAGGAGCUCGAUGUGCUCGCCCACGCCGCUCGCCACCGCGAAGAGGAGGAGGCUCGAGCUCGCCGCGAAAAGGAGGACCUCGCCAACCUACCAGACGAUGCCGACCUCGCCGAGAUUCGCCGCCUCCAAAUCGUCGAGGAGAUGCCGGUGCGCCAGAGCAGCGCAUCCGCAGUCGCGACGCGCGAUCAGGACAUUGCGAGCGGGCGGUGGAACCCCAAGUGGAACGGCAUGAAGAACUUCAAGAAGUUCCGCCGCAGAGGCGAGGAGCAGGGGCGGCAGCCCACGAGGGUUAUCAUAUCACUCGCACAGGUCAAGAACAAGGAGUUUGGCGUCGGUGACAACUACUGGCUGGAGGACGAGGGCAGCCAGCGCAAUAAGAAGACGACGCAGCCAUCAGCGACGACGGCGAGCCACCCGUCUGCCAGCACCAGCACACCAUCGAUGCCGCCGCCGGCCCCGCCCACCCGGGCGUCGCAGCGCAAGAAGAACACGGGCUUCGUCAUAUCAGAUAGCAGCGACGCGGAAGAGGACGAGGAGAACCUGGCUGCGAACCAAGACACCGCUCCCAGUGGGACGGGCAGCACCCGCAUCAGUGCCACGCAGUCGCAGCAGCGCAACACAAGGAGUCAGGGCACGACCCAGAGCCAGGGCAAGCGGCCGGCCCGGGACUCCCCUGUCACAGCGGAGCAGCCAGCGAAGAGGUCCAGGGCGGCGCCUCCGCCACGCAAGCCGGUCGAGGUGCCCGACAGCGACGACAGCGAUGAUGAGCUCAAGUUUCGUUUUGGUAGGCGGAGGUGAUGGGUCGCCGGCCGAAUGAGUGCGCUGGCUCAGUAAUUUACCGCAUUUUACGCGAAAGUGUAUGUUGGAGGAUAUGUUCCCUCUGUUGCACUGCUUUCCAUCUCGUCUCUCUAGAGUACAAUGCAGUCGUGCAGUAAUGCACAACACGCUACGUAGAUGCAGGGUUUCCUCCCAAGACCAGAUGCCGCCGCGCUCGCAGAAGAAGCGCC